GCUCGCAUGCAGCGCAAGUAAAAGUUGAGGCGGCACGAAGUUUCAGUUCAUGUAUCGGUCUGCGCAGCUUCAGAGCUCUCUAGAUCUUUCCAUUUCAUCUGCUCACAGCUCUUUAUGUUCCUCAUCGUCUUUUGACCGAGACUUCGAUUCCCUCUUAACGAAUAUUUGGCGGUUUGCGAUGGGAUCUUUUCUCUGGGAGUCUGAGAGGAAUCAAAACACGUCCUCGCAGACCAACUGAGCAGUUCUUUCGCUAGUUUUCACGGCGUUGCGACAUACAUGAUUUAAUCUUUACCUUGUAUAUUUUUUCGUUUUUUCAACACGGACAUUCGACGUGCCGUCGACAGUUUAAUAUUUAUGUCAAAAUCUGAAUUUACGCGCCUGUUUUGGAUUAUCCGUUUCCCAGGAUACCGAACACUGAGUCGAUCACGCGUCAACUAGAGACUUUAUUUUCGAUUUACUGGACUUAAAGACUGCUGAAGGGCUUUGGAAAUGAGCUGUCCGUUUUCAAAAUGUCUUUUUUAAGAAUCACUCGUGGAGAGAGACGUUUCCUCAGAGGACGGGAGGGUUUGUAACGCUGAAUUUAUCGCCGAUUUCACGACACGCGUUUCCAUGGCUCCUGCGGUCAGAUCGAUUAAGCGUAAGGAUGCGAUUAACUGGCCGAGGAUGUCGACAACUUUCUGGGCUGUGUUGCUGUUGACGGCGCUUCUGAUCGUGUACUGCGGUCAACUGGCAGCAGGCACCUGUGAGAUUGUCACUCUAGACAGAGACAGCAGUCAGCCACGCAGGACGAUUGCCAGACAGACGGCCCGCUGUGCAUGUAAGAAAGGACAGAUUGCGGGGACAACGAGAGCCAGGCCGGCCUGCGUGGACGCUCGUAUUGUGAAGACCAAGCAGUGGUGUGACAUGGUGCCCUGUCUAGAGGAUGAAGGCUGUGACCUGUUAGUAAAUAAAUCAGGCUGGACUUGUACACAGCCCAGCGGCAGAGUGAAAACUACAACGGUGUCCUAACAGUGGGAGGGGUUCCUGGAGUGCUACGAGACGAGGCCUCUUGCAGCUUCGCCCACCUGCUGUAGAUACUUGCUAUGUCUCAUCGGCUUAACACCUGCCUCAGCCUACCUGUCUGCGUCUCUGCUAUGUAAAUGGGCAGCACCCCUUUGUGCCACGGAGAACAUACUGUACGUUCACAAAGCGCCUCACAGAUGGUGGUACAUUAGGAGCCUUGAGGACUUUAGGAGCGCAGCACGGGACAAUGAGGCACCAACCCUGUCUGAGACUGAACCGGACACAGGCUUUAUGGGACUCCACCAGCGGUUCCAACCCAAUCCGAGACUGUGAACCUGACUGCUCUGUGAAACAGCUUUCUGCUGGAGUACAUUUUUGGCGCUCAUUUUUUACAGACCAAAGAGGAAAAAUAAUACACAAACAAAAAACAUUGACUAUGUGAGCGCGAACUGAGGGAAAGACUUGAAAGAAACAGUUUUGGCAAAGAAAAUAUAUAUAAACCUAAAUGUAGAGAGAGAGAGAUAGAUAUAGAUAUAGAAAGACUUUGCUAUACAGCAGUGGCCUACAAAUGGAAACGCUUACAUGGAACAUUGAAACGACUGGGUCGACCAUUUCCAUUUAUCACAAUCUGAGGAGAACCUUUAAUACUUUACAGACAUUUCCUUGAACUGAACCAGGCACUGUAUUCCAAGGACAACAAGGAUAUAGAUACUGUACACAUAAACACAUCAACAAAUUUAAUUAGCAUUUUUCAGUAGCAACAUUUUGGACGGUUUGCAUUAAGCAUAGAAAGUUAAAUGGAAGAGUACCCCAUUGCUUAUCGUCAGAAAAUAUUUAAAAAAAAAAAAAAAGGUUUUCUGAUUACCAGGAGUGAGAUAUGUCAUUAUAUGUAUUUUGAAAGGCCUACGAGUUAUAUAUUUAACAGUUUUAUAUGUUGUACCUUUGUAGAGAAUCUUAUUUAACAUGAAUAACGUUGUGGAAAUGACAGAUGUAGAAUGUGGGUAAUGCUCUGCUCCAUAACGCAGGCCAAUCUUAUCAAGUUCAAACUCAAGUAGCAAUUUUCCUUUUACAGGCUCAACAACAGGACUACAAGAACUUAAAGUAAAAGGAAGAAAAUGGACAAAACACAAAGGAAAGUAAUGAUUAAAUGCAGAAAAGGAAACAUUGAAACUACUUUUAGCUUUUGUAUCGUAAAGGUUCAGAGAAAAGCUCUUGUAUUUGGCUUUUCUGAGAUUGAUUUUUGUGCUUGUGUUUGUUUGCACAGUGCUCACCUCCAAGUCUUGACACCUCCAGAGACAGUUCAGAAAGUCUUAGAUUCAUUUACAUUAAAUAAUUUUUUAUUAUGAACUAUUUUAAGAAUAAAUUAAAUAAGUGAAAAUAUCAAGUUGCUAAAACAAAAUUUUAAUAUCAUGAUGUUUUUGGUUGUCUCUUUCUCUUUCUGAAAUGAACUAUACCAGGUUUGACAGAUAUAUGUACAUUUGGAGGCACAUAUGAUGAAUUGAUUUAUAUUUGGGAGGAAAUGAGACUGAGGGGUGAAUUCACAAAAAAACGCAUAAUCUUUAUUUAUUUAAGCGCAUUAUUUUACUUUAUUUAUUUUUUUAUUCACUAAGCACCUGCAAUCCAUUUUAACCAGAAGCUAAAUGCAAUGUGAUAAUAAUAAUAAUUUAAUACUCAUUCUUUUCAGCACAAACACAUUUUAUUCUAUGCAAAUUAGACUUCUUUUAGAUUCCACCUCAUUCAGAAAAGACAGCAUUAUUUUUAAAGCAUAAAUAGCAUGAAGUUACCGUAUGAUUUAUUUUAUUUUUUAAAUAAAUAUCUGUGUAAAUUUUCUGUUGAUCAUGGAAGCAGUAAUUUAUGGAGAAGAGUGUUAUAACCAAGCAUAUAUCAAGAAACGAUGUGUAAACGAGCAUACAUUAUGCAUUUAAUAGAGACAAGUUAAGUGCCUGGAUUGCAGUGGUGGAGUGAUUCUAUAGAGGCCAAGAAUUGUAUACUAGAUUGUGGUGGUCAUCUGCAUCUUCCACAACCUAGAACUGGUCUGCAAGAUGGGGAAUUGGCAUGCAAACUGAAUUCAGCACAAAUUUUUGAGAUGUGUUGCGGCGUUACACGUUUUGCAUAAUUCCCUUGCUAAAACAACACAGAAAGAGUGUGCAAAUAAGCAACAUUAUUAUAGGGCACAAUUUAUUCUUAGUGAAUUCCCCCUUGAAUGUUUCAUUAACUCUGUAAUACUUUAAUUAGAUUUUUUAUUGAUUUUAUAUUUAGCUUGUAAAGGCGAAAAAAACUUUUAGCCCAGAAAAGUGACACAUAAUUUGCAGUGCAUAUGUUGCUCUGUACAGCAAUAACAAAAAGUACCAUGGUAUUACAAUGUUUCUUGGAUUUAUACCAUGGCAGCUAUGUAAGACUAAGAGUAUCACUUAUCAAUAACUAUUAUUCAAUUAUUCAUAAAUUAUGAAUUAAAAAAUAUUUAAAUUAAUUAAACUAAUUAAAUUA